CCUGUCCCCGUCCCCGUCCCCGUCCCCGUCCCCGUCCCCGUCCCCGUCCCCGUCCCCGGCCAUGCCGGGCCCGCGGCGGGACCGCCCGGCCGUGCUGCUGCUGCUCGGGGCGCUGCUGGCCGCCGACCUCUACUUCCACCUCUGGCCGCGGGCGCGCCGGGAGCUGGGCCGGGUCCCGCCGGGCUGCCCGUGCCCCGCGCCGCUGCCCCGCGCCGCCCCGGCGCUUCUCCUCCUCUUCGCCCACCGGCUGUACCGCGCCGCCGCGCCGGGCCCCGCCGAGCCGCUGCUGGGCGCCCGCGAAGCGCUGCGCUACUACCGGCGGAAGGCGGCCCGCUGGAACAGGAGACACAAGCUGUUCCGGCAGGAGCUGAACCUGUCCGCCCCGGCGCUGCCGCUGCGGCCCGAGGCCGGCUGGCUGCGCUUCCAGCUGGGCAUCAGCCGGGACGGGCUGUACCCGCGCUCCAGCCCCGCCGUCAGCAGGCUGCUCCGCGACCUGCGGGACCUGCCCACCAUCGGCGCCGACUACAGCCAGGAUGAGAAGGCACUGCUGGGAGCCUGUGACUGCAGCCAGGUGGUGAAGCCCAGCGGUGUGCACCUGAAGCUGGUCCUCAGGUUCCAGGAUUUUGGGAAAGCCAUGUUCAAGCCCAUGAGGCAGAAACGUGAGGAGGAGACUCCUGAGAAUUUCUUCUACUUCGUGGACUUCCAGCGGCACAACGCCGAGAUCGCCGCCUUCCACCUGGACAGGAUCCUGGAUUUCAGGAGGGUGCCACCCACGGUGGGGAGGCUGAUCAACGUCACCAAGGAGAUCCUGGAGGUCACCAAGAACGAGGUCCUGCAGAGCGUCUUCUUCGUCUCACCAGCCAGCAACGUCUGCUUCUUCGCCAAGUGCCCGUACAUGUGCAAGACGGAGUACGCCGUGUGUGGGAGCCCCCACCUCCUGGAGGGCUCCCUCUCUGCCUUCCUGCCCUCCCUCAACCUGGCCCCGCGGCUCUCCAUCCCCAACCCCUGGAUCCGCUCCUACUCCUUCGACGGGAAAGAGGAGUGGGAAGUGAAUCCACUCUACUGCAACACAGUGAGGGAGAUCUACCCCUACAGCAACAGCAACCGGCUGCUCAACAUCGUGGACAUGGCCAUAUUCGACUUCCUGAUAGGGAACAUGGACCGGCACCACUACGAGAUGUUCACCAAGUUUGGGGACGAUGGCUUCCUGCUGCACCUGGACAAUGCCAGAGGGUUUGGGCGCCAUUCCCACGAUGAAAUCUCCAUCCUGGCCCCGCUCUCCCAGUGCUGUGUAAUAAAGAGAACGACGCUGCUGCGCCUGCAGCUCCUGGCGCAGCCCGAGUACCGGCUCAGCGACGUGAUGAGGGAAUCCCUGCUGCAGGACCCCCUGGCCCCCGUGCUCACCGAGCCCCAUCUCCUGGCCCUGGACAGGCGGCUACAGCUCAUCCUGCAGGCCGUGGGGAAGUGCAUUGACACCUUCGGAGAGGCCACGGUGGUGGCCAACGACACCAGGCAGCCCCAGAGCCCUGCAGUGCACAGAGCCAAGCUGGACACUUAGGGCUCCGAGCCACGAGAGCCCUGCCAGGCAAGGGGCAGCUCCAGCAAGUGCUCAUUUCCACCCACAAACACUCACAGAGACUCUGAGGGGAGAUGGCAGAAGAUCAAGAGUCCCACUGGGCUCCUCUGUGUUUAAGCAGAGCUCCUGUGCUCAGGCAGUGCUGGCGUGGCUGCAGCUGAUCUCAGCACCCCAACACAGCUCUGGGGUGGAAAAGCUGUGAUCUCCAGGUCUGGAGCUGGCUGUGCCCUUGGGAGGCUGAAGGAACACCUGACCUUGGUUUGCUCAACCUCCACAGGGGCUUGGUCUUGCUGGAGAAGGACACGAACUCGACCCGAGGGUGAGGGUUGAAUAAAGAGAUGCCAAGAGCA